CCACGGAGAGGAAGGGAAAGAUGGCAGCGCUAGCAGUUGUCGAAACGCCUUCGGGGAAAGAUGUCAUUGCGGAGGGGCUUCUCGAUCUAUUAAAACCAGCCGUGCAGCAGCUCGACUUGCAUGUGCACUCCGUCAGAGAAAGCCAGGUUGAGCUUCGGGAACAUAUUGAUAACUUGGCCACAGAGCUGUGCAGAAUCAACGAGCACCAGAAGGUGGCGCUGGACCUGGAACCCUAUGUGAAAAAGCUGCUGAACGCCAGGCGCCGGGUGGUGUUGGUCAACAACAUACUACAGAACGCCCAGGAGCGAUUGCGACGGCUGAACCAUAACGUUGCCAAGGAGACGGCGCGUAGGAAGACCAUGCUGGAGACUUCUGGAGCAUUCACCCCGCGGUCUCCCAGCAAGCCGUGACGCGAGCACCGCGGGGGCGGCGGGGGCGGCGGCCGUCGAGCGGGCCGCGCCUUUGGCGCACCGCGGACGCGAUGAUGCAACAGACGUGAAAGACCGGGGGCCCUCGCUCCCCUUGAACGCUCCGGUCUGGUCCGUCGUUGACAGAGACGCAGAAACCCUGUGCCGUGGAAGCACAGGUACACUGACAACGCCCCAUCAGGGUGCCCGUGAGGCGCUAACGUUCACUAGCCAGCCGCAAUGUGAUCAUGUGAUGUAACGCUGUCCAUGUUAAUGCAUAUGAGUACCCACGAUGCAACUGUUUGUUGUUUUUCUUUGUCCCCACUGUGCAUAUCCCCUCCCCUUAAUUACAUGUCUGUUACCUGCAGCAAAAUAAAACUCUUAAAAACACUGGCGCACAUUAAGCAACGGUUAAACGGAUAACAAGUUGGGGGAGGGAAUGAAACUCAGCAGCUGAGUUCAGCUCGUCUCCCUAAUUGACUGUAUAAGGAAGUAAGUGUUUUUAUUGAUUCAUAUGAGCACUUCGAUUUUUUCAUAAGCAUUUAGAUUAGACGUCUCCUGAAGGAGCUCUCGUGGGGUGCAGUACCUGGCUUCGGCCACAGUGGGGCAUCAUUUGCCACUGAAAAAAGGCAGGUCUUUUCUUUUUGUAACUUUGGAAGACUUUAUGAUUGCUAUUUUUUAUUUUGCUGUAAAAUAUGAAAUUCUUUAAAUAAAUAAAAAAACUUUUCAGAAGCAUACUACCAAAUGCAGGAAUCUGUUUUUAACGAGAAUCAACUGCAUAAAUCUGCGUAGCACGCAGAUUUGUGCGUCUGGUAACGGCUAUAGGGGGUAAUCCUUUCUUUGCAUGCAUCUCUGGUACAGAGAUCCAUGCGAGGGUUUUGAUUUUGAUGGAUUGGGUGUUCUUCUCUGCACUACUUGAUUCUGUCUUUCUUCAAGCAUGCUUUGAGGCCUGUAUCGAUUUUCUCUUAACACAGGCAGUGUUUGGCAUGUAGUCAAGGAUAUGGGGGGUGUGGGGGGGGGUGCAUGGGGGCAGCAGGGGGGUCCUCUGAAGCCUUUCAGCUGUGCACACAGGCAUGGGCCUUAGCGGCGAGCUACAUGCACACAGAAGGAUCGGAAUAGAGGAUGCUGGGGGAAUUCAAAACCGAGGGAUUGUUUUGUAUCCGUGUUCCAUGUAAUCGAAGGCUAGAACCGGGCCCCUGUUUUCUUAGUGUCCUGUGGUGAAUGCUGUCCGGACUUUGUCACGUUUAGCAGAUACGCAGUGUUGUGAAUAAACCCGUUGAGCCCCAUCA